UUAAACUGUCAAAUGUCAACGUGACAUUGCAAUAGGGAAGUUUUUGAAGAAUUAAAAUUUUAUGUUAUAUAUGUAUAUUUAUAUUUUAUUAAUUACGUGAAUAAUGGCAGGGUCGGCUUUAAGAAGACUUAUGGCAGAAUAUAAACAACUUACCUUAAAUCCUCCAGAAGGUAUAAUUGCUGGUCCAAUUAACGAAGAAAACUUUUUUGAAUGGGAAGCUCUAAUUACUGGCCCUGAAGGUACGUGUUUCGAAGGUGGUGUUUUUCCUGCAAAACUUGUUUUCCCAGCCGAUUAUCCAUUAAGUCCGCCGAAAAUGCAGUUUACCUGUGAAAUGUUUCAUCCAAAUAUAUAUUCUGAUGGUAGAGUUUGUAUUUCAAUUUUACAUGCACCUGGAGAUGAUCCAAUGGGGUAUGAAUCUAGUGCAGAGAGGUGGUCACCUGUGCAAAGUGUAGAAAAAAUUUUACUCUCAGUUGUUAGUAUGUUAGCAGAGCCAAAUGAUGAAAGUGGUGCGAAUGUAGAUGCGGCAAAAAUGUGGCGAGAACACAGAGACGAAUUUAAUAGAAUAGCAGAAAAAAUUGUAAGAAGAACACUGGGCAUUCCUACUUAACUUAAUUGUGGAUUGUUUGUUGUAAAAUAUGUUUUACAUUGAUUCCAAGUAUUUAUUAAAAAUAAAGAUAUUUGUUAUUUUUUUGAAUAUUCUCAACAUUAAAUGACAUGUUUCAUUGUU